GGAAGGGGACUGGCAUACACACUGACCUCAUUUCACUCCCCCCUCGAGUCAGGCAUUUCAUAGAGAGGGAAUAGAAACUUUAGUCCAUAGAGACAGAACAGGGACCUCGGACCAUAGAGAUGAGGAAACUGAGACUUGAUGUGAGGGGAUCUGCUUGGGCUACAAGAAGGACCAAGUGCAGACUGAACUCAAAGCUCAGGGCCAACUCAAAGCUCAUAGAAUCUGCUGUUGAGGGUCAGUUCCUCCCCUUUGCCUGCCCACUGGCCUUACCCCUGGGGAAGUCUGGAAAAAAAAGCUGAGCUCGUAGUCUGCUCAAACCCACAACGGACAUGAGGGUGGCCUUGGGCGGUGCUGGGUGCUGCGUGAGACCAGUCGAUGUGGUGCAGCCCGCAGAGUGGCUGUGGCGGGCACAACAUCUCCCCUGAGAGCUCCGUAAGGGCAGGGUCCCCUCCCCCCCACCUCACCACCUACACCUUGGAGCACAGGGCCCGACCCGGAGCAGGGAAAUUUAGCAAAUAGUAUUUGUCCCACAAACGAACAGGUGAGUUCUCCGUUUCCAGAGGUUGUCUGCAGUCACCCAAACCUUUGCUGAACUGGGGGCCCCAGAAUGGCAAUUCCUCUCAUCUCUGGGGCUUUCGUCAGAAAAGGCUGCUUCUAGAGACCUGGGCAGCGGAGAACAGUGCUUCUUCGUAUCUGUGAGGGUGCCCUGAGGAACUGAGCUCCUUCCCCAGAGAGAUAGCUGAGGCCAUGGCCCUUCCAAGGAUAGGGUUUUCAUCCCCACCUUUAGAUGGGGAGACAGGCAGCGAAGUGACUUUGAAAUAACAGUGCUUAGUCACUUGCAUGUGACAGCUGGGACUUGAGGCUAAGCGGCCCCGACUUCCUCACGGGGCUGGGGGUGGGCCCCUUCAGCCUGUCCCAGAUGGGCCGGAGCCCCGAGUCAGAGGUCCCCUCCAUCUGACCCCUUCCACGAGAACCCUGCUUUAGGCUUAAUAGUUAAGUCUUUAGAGUCCGUGUCAAGGAGGCUAAAUUCCUGUCUGGGGGAUUUUAUUUUUAGCCGGCUGCAGGAAGGGGAGGCUCUGCUGGCCUGCGGGGGGUUGGAGGGGAGACGCCAGGCCAGGGCCUGUUUCCUGAGGAAGGGCUGCCGCUGAGCUGUGCACCAACUGUAGCCCCGCUGGGGGGAGUGGGCGAGGCAGGCAGGAGCCACCCCAGGAAUGUCCGCCUUCCUAUGGCGUGCCUCCCAUGCGCCCAGCCCUGAGCCGGGAGUGGAGGCUUCGAUUGUGAGUCUCCAGUUCAGGCCACGGAGGAGGCCCUCCCACAUCCGGGCACUGCAGGCCAGGAGAGGCCGGCAGAAGGCACAGGCCCGUGAGCCAAGCCGGGCAGCAGAGCCCCAGGAACAGGUGGAAUUUGAGAACAGCCUGGGAGGCUGCUGGUGGGAGGAGCCAGGAGCUCAGCGGGGUUGGAAACAGCGAUGCCCUCCUAGCCAGCCGCCCAGGGAUGGAGGGCUUCAUGGACUCAGGGACUCAGACGGACGCCGUGGUGGUGCUGUCCUUGGCUCAGGCUGCUGUGCUGGGCCUGGUCUCGGAAAAUGAGCUCUUCGGAGCCACCAUAAGCGCCGAAGCCUUCUACCCGGACCUGGGGCCCGAGCUGUCCGGGGCUUCCAUGGGGGAGCCGGGCCCCCCGGGUCCCGACGUCUACCAGCUGGCCUGCAACGGGCGGGCCCUGGAGGAGCCGGCGGAGGAGGAGGUGCUGGAGGUGGAGGCGGCCUUCGAGAAGCACACCCGGCGGAAGACACGGCCGCCCGUGCGGCUGGUGCCCAAGGUCAAGUUUGAGAAGGUGGAGGAGGAGGAGGAACAGGAGGUCUAUGAGGUGUCCGUGCCUGGGGACGACAAGGACGCAGGCCCCGUGGAGGUGCCCGCGGAUGUGGCGGGCGGCGGCUGCGAGUCGCUGGUGCAGAGCAGCGCCGUCAAGAUGAUCGACCUCAGCGCCUUCAGCCGCAAGCCCCGGACACUGCGGCCCCUGCCCCGAGCCCCGCGGCCAGAGCUGGAUGUGGCCCCCUACGACCCCCAUUUCUCCGACCCGGCCCGGGACGGCUUCCCGGAGCCUGGCAUGGCGCUGCCAGGGCCCGAGGCCUUGCCGACGGAGUGUGGUUUCGAGCCGCCCCCGCUGGCGCCCCUGAAUGACCCCGAGGCCCCUACCAUGGAGUCCCCCGAGCCCGUGAAGCCGGAGCAGGGCUUCGUGUGGCAGGAGGCAGGCGAGUUCGAGGCGGACGCGGCGGGCUCCACGGUGGAGCGCCACAAGAAGGCGCAGCUGGACCGGCUGGACAUCAACGUGCAGAUCGACGACUCCUACCUGGUGGAGGCGGGCGACCGCCAGAAACGCUGGCAGUGCCGCAUGUGCGAGAAGUCCUACACGUCCAAGUACAACCUGGUGACGCACAUCCUGGGCCACAACGGCAUCAAGCCGCACUCCUGCCCGCACUGCAGCAAGCUCUUCAAGCAGCCCAGCCACCUGCAGACGCACCUGCUGACGCACCAGGGCACCCGGCCCCACAAGUGCCAGGUGUGCCACAAGGCCUUCACGCAGACCAGCCACCUCAAGCGCCACAUGCUGCUGCACUCGGAGGUCAAGCCCUACAGCUGCCACUUCUGCGGCCGCGGCUUCGCCUACCCCAGCGAGCUCAAGGCCCACGAGGUGAAGCACGAGAGCGGCCGCUGCCACGUCUGCGUCGAGUGCGGCCUGGACUUCUCCACCCUGACCCAGCUCAAGCGCCACCUGGCGUCCCACCAGGGCCCCACCCUCUACCAGUGCCUCGAGUGCGACAAGUCCUUCCACUACCGCAGCCAGCUGCAGAACCACAUGCUCAAGCACCAGAACGUGCGGCCCUUCGUGUGCACCGAGUGCGGCAUGGAGUUCAGCCAGAUCCACCACCUCAAGCAGCACUCGCUCACCCACAAGGGCGUGAAGGAGUUCAAGUGCGAGGUGUGCGGCCGGGAGUUCACGCUGCAGGCGAACAUGAAGCGGCACAUGCUGAUCCACACCAGUGUCCGGCCCUACCAGUGCCACAUCUGCUUCAAGACCUUCGUGCAGAAGCAGACCCUCAAGACCCACAUGAUUGUACACUCGCCGGUGAAGCCAUUCAAGUGCAAGGUGUGCGGGAAGUCCUUCAACCGCAUGUACAACCUGCUGGGCCACAUGCACCUGCACGCAGGCAGCAAGCCCUUCAAGUGCCCCUACUGCUCCAGCAAGUUUAACCUCAAGGGCAACCUGAGCCGGCACAUGAAGGUCAAGCACGGCGUCAUGGACAUUGGUCUGGACAGCCAAGACCCCAUGAUGGAACUGACGGGCACUGACCCCUCCGAGCUGGACGGCCAGCAGGAGAUGGAGGACUUCGAGGAGAAUGCCUUCACCUACGCCGCCGUGGACGGCAGCGCCGAGGCCAGCGUCCUGACCGAGCAGGCCAUGAAGGAGAUGGCCUACUACAACGUGCUCUAGCCGACGCCGAGCCACCCGGGCUGGGGCGAGGAGGGCCCAGGGCGUGGGGGUGAGACCCGCGGGCUUCGGGCUGCGCCUGCCGCCGUGGAGGCGCGAGCGACUACUGCCCCACGGCUCCGAGCCCUCCCUGCUCCCCACCGAGUCGCGUGCACCACAAGGGACUUGGAGACCAAAUGGACUGCACCCCUGGCCUCAGCUGUGAACCCGAACCAGGCCCCAGGCAUCCCGGGGAAGGGAAGGCAACACAGGGGCCCAGGCCUGGGUCUCUGAGCCUGCUGCUGUGGGAAGUGGGGGACAUGUGGACAGGGGCCAUUUGGGGACGGGUCCCGAGGGCACAGGUGCCGGGGCGUUCCCAGGCCCAGCAGAGCUGGGGCAACCCUCCUGCUGGCCCCACAGGGGUCUUGACACUGGAAGAAGAGGCUGCUUGAGCCAGGUUUUGUUUCUCCUCUGGACCAGCUCCUGCUUCAGGGGGUGUCUGAGCUCCUGGGCUGGUCAGCACCGCCCACCACUGCCUGCUAGCCCCCGGGCUUCGAGAAGCCCAGGCCCCAGAGCUGUCUUCCCGCCCUGUCGGUGGACAGCCAGGCAGGGCCCCUGGUGUCUACCUCCUGGUGCCUCCCAAGGCCCCCAACCCCCCCGCCCCACAGCCAGCGUGCUCGGGCCGGCCUGGCUGGCGGGAGAGCAGGUGCAGCUCAGAUCCCCCCUCGAGCGCCCCCUCCGGCCACCCCCUCACCCCUAGAAGGUCUGCAUCUUACAGCCCUAAGAUGGAUUUCCACAAACAUCAUCCAACUCUCUCUUGAUCUGGGACUCCAGGCCAGGGUCCCCGCCCACCCCCACCCCGUGAACAGAGCCGGGACACGCCUCGUGUUGGGCACACACUAACAGAGGGAGGCCCCAUGAACAAGGGUGCAGGGCACAGUGCAGAGGUCACGGGGACCCAAGGGAGCUGUCCUCCGAGGAGGCCAGGACUGCCUGGGGCGGGGGAGCUAGAGCAUCUUUCUCAUUUAAAAUGUAACAAGUAUCCCCUUUGAAGAUGGGGACAGCCCAGAGUCAGCAGGCUCCCGGAAAGAGCAACACCGAAAAAGGAAAGUGAAGACCACAGAGGGGAAAAAACAAAGGAUUUUUUUUAGCACAUGGGGGUAUUUGGAAGGUAAUUUAUUACUACUUAUUUUCCUUUCCAACUGUGUCACCUAUGACCUUUCCUGAUGGAGGCCGUUCUCUUUUCCCUGCGGAUGCUUUUCUCAUGUGCUGUGUGCCCCCAACCUAGAGCAGCCCGGCCGGGCAGGACCGGGGCCGGUGGCAUCUCCUGCCAGAGGCCGGAGCCGAGGACCCCGCUCUGCCAGAGGCUCGCUCCCUCGCCCGCCCGCUCUGCUCACCGCUGUCCCCACACUGUCCUCUGCCCCUGGAACAUAGGCUGCAGGCCCAGGGCAGGGGGGUGGCACAUUCAGGAACGACAGGGCACCCAGACUCCCGCCUCCCAGGCUCCUGAGGCCUCCGUGGGGAGUGGCAGGCAGGGCUGUCCCCAAAGGCAUGGAAGAAGGUGAAGCCACCAACUUUACAGCCUGGAAGCCAGGGGUAGGCAGGGCACAGCGGGGGGCAGGGAGGGGAAUCUGAGGUGCAGCUGUGCCCAAGGCUGGACCCCCAGUGAAGCACCAGGCCAGGCCUCAGGGUGGCUGUGGCUGGGACUGAGGGGAAGACAAGGUGGCCUUGGGACCAGGCAGCCAGGUGCACCUUCCUUCUCUGCUACAGCGCAUGCUAAGCAACAGGUGAGAGGGCAGAGGCCACCAGCGCCCCCAGGUGCCCGCCGUGAUGACCCUCAGGUGGCAGUGACUCUGUCACUGUAGACGACAUUUUCUCCUGCUGAGCAGAAGCAUCUUCCCCUGCAAACUACCUCUUCCCACGACGUCUUUCUCCCCUGGUACCAAAAAGAACCCUGUACCUCCUCCUCCUCCUCCUCCUCCUCUCUCCUGCCAGCGCAGUGGCCUUGGUCUUGGGAACCCAAGGGAGAAGGUGCGGGCCCCAGGGUGGGGCUCUCCUCCCCCAGCCCCACCGUCAGCUCCGGCCCUCUGCGAGGUUCGAUACUUGAACGCCCCCGCCCUGUGCCUUGGGCCUGGGCGAAGCUAAGAGAAGGGAGACAGCACAACUCACAAUUUGAGCUGGUGGGGGGAGUGGUCUUGGCCAGGCUCCUGUCCUCCCCCCUGGCCCCCAGCCUUUGCAAAAGAGGUGUGCGGCCUCUCGGGCGACUCGGAAACUCCUGAACGAAUUCCACUCUAACUUAUUUUGACGUGUAUACACACCAACCGUUUAGAACGUCCCACUUGUGCAAAGCCCUACUGUGUUUCCACGUUCCUGUUUAAGAGAAAAGUUUACUUAGCAAUAAUUAUAAAUAAAUGAAUAUUCUUUAGCA